UCAUCCAAGCUUUUUCCACAUGCCCCUCCAUCAAUAGUCCCCCUUGGUGCUGUAAAUAUGACAAAUCAAAAGCAUUUUUUUUUCUUUUCUGCAGAAAAUAUUAUAUAAAGGUUUCCAUGACUCGGAAGAAAGGUUAUUCGAGAGAAUGCCUUUAGGAAGAAGUUGAGAAUAUAACAUGGAAAGGAAUCAAUGUGAAUGAAGUUGUGUGCAGUUGUUUUUGGUCAUGGACAGCUUUUUGAAUUCAGGACACUGGUGGAUCCUGUGCUAAUUGAACAUCGGUUAAAAUUGUCUAACCCCAUCUUCCUAAACUCUUUCUAUGUUCAUGAACUGUCAAAAGAUCAUGGUGUUUGAUUGUUUUUGUGUAGCAUACUAGUUUGUUUAGCCUGGUGGGAGUUGCCUCUAUAUACAACAUAUGGCUGCAAGCCAGAAUUUCAGAGAUCUUCAAUGGGUUCUGCAAGUGAUCAAAUCAGGAAACAUCAGCCUCCAUAGCAUUUCCUUCUACCUUUCUCAGCCGACUUCAGGCUGCUACCAAGAAACAGAGAACUCCAUGAAUGUAAACAUUUCUAAGGACAGCAUUUUGUACUUUUCACAACUCCUGACAGUGUUAGCAACUGCCAAGGACUCCCAAGAAUCAUUGAGAAACUUGGAGUUUCACCAUGUUGAAUGGGAAGCGCAGCAACUUCGCAAUCUUGGAAUGGUGCUGGAGAAUAACUUGAACAUCAAGCAGCUUAUGUUUAGGAGAAACAGGCUCAAUGUGGAGUGUUUAUGGGAGUUAUCUGAAAUUCUGAAGAGAAAUGGAGUCAUCAAGGAAAUCAUGUUCUCUGAAUCAGCUAUUGGGGCUGCUGGAGCUGGGUUACUUGCUUCUGCACUUAAGGUGAAUGAUAGCUUGGAAGAGUUGCAGAUAUGGGAAGACUCAAUUGGCUCAAAGGGGGCAGAGGAGCUCUCAAAGAUGAUUGAAGUAAACUCCACUCUGAAGCUGUUGACAAUCUUUGACUCCAACUCAAUCACAGCAACUCCCCUAAUUUCUGCAGUUUUAGCAAGGAACAGAGCGAUGGAAGUUCAUAUCUGGAGUGGAGAAAAAGGAGAAAAGAGUUCCAAGGUUGUUGAGUUUGUACCCGAGAACAGUACGCUUCGAAUUUAUAGGCUUGACAUUUCAGGUGCUUGCAGAGUUGCUUGUGCUCUGGGGUGGAAUUCAACAGUGAAAUCACUUGAUCUGACUGGAGUCCGGUUAAGAUCCCGGUGGGCUAAGGAGUUCCGGUUGGUUUUGGAACAAAACCAGAGCCUCAAAGAAGUGACCCUAUCAAAAACUUGCCUAAAGGACAAGGGAGUUGUAUAUGUUGCAGCUGGGCUUUUCAAGAACCAGAGUUUGGAAAGCUUGUACCUAGAUGGAAACUGGUUUACUGGGAUAGGAGUAGAGCAUUUGCUCUGCCCUUUGAGCCGAUUCUCAGCUCUGCAAUAUCAAGCAAACGUGACUCUGAAGUCGGUAACUUUUGGAGGCGGAAGAACAAAGAUAGGAAGGGAUGGGCUUGCAGCCAUCUUACAGAUGCUAACAACCAACCAAAGCGUGACGCGGUUGGGGAUACAGGAUGAUGAGAGCUUGAGACAGGAAGAUAUCGUCAAAAUCUUCAGGAGCUUGGAAAGGAAUGCCACUUUGAGACACUUGUCCUUGCAGGGAUGCAAAGGGGUCGGAGGAGAGCUGGUGCUGCAGACAAUAAUGGAAACCUUGCAGGUAAAUCCUUGGAUUGAGGACAUUGAUCUCACAAGAACACCACUUCAGAAUUCAGGUCAGACAGAUGGAAUUUACCAAAAGUUAGGCCAGAAUGGGAGGACAGAGCCUGAAAUUGACCUGCUCAAGGACAUGCCACUAACAGUGCCCAAGAGCUGCAGAGUCUUCUUUUGUGGCCAAGAAUAUGCAGGUAAAGCUACACUUUGUAAUUCCAUUUCACAGAAUUUCUCGUCUUCGAAGCUUCCCUAUAUGGAUCAAGUGAGAACUCUAGUGAACCCUGUUGAGCAAGCUGUUAGAACAGCAGGAAUGAAAGUAAAAACCUUCAAAGAUGAAGACACAAAGAUUUCUAUAUGGAAUCUUGCUGGUCAGCAUGAGUUCUAUUCCCUUCAUGACCUCAUGUUCCCGGGGCAUGGUAGUGCAUCAUUCUUCUUGAUUGUAUCCAGUCUGUUCAGGAAACCAACCAACAGAGAAUCAAAAACCCCAGCAGAGAUAGAGGAGGACCUUCAGUAUUGGCUCAGGUUCAUAGUCUCCAACUCAAGAAGAGCAGCACAACAAUGUAUGCUGCCAAAUGUAACUGUGGUCCUCACACACUAUGACAAAAUCAAUCAACCAUCACAGGACUUCCAAGCUACUGUGAAUUCAAUUCAGAGAUUGAGAGACAAGUUUCAAGGUUUUGUUGACUUCUAUCCAACCGUGUUCACGGUCGAUGCUAGAUCAUCUGCCUCAGUGAGUAAACUCACCCAUCACCUUCGAAAGACGAGCAAGACCGUGCUCCAAAGAGUCCCCAGGGUUUAUGAGCUUUGCAAUGAUCUGAUACAAAUUCUCUCAGACUGGAGAACAGAGAACUAUAAUAAACCAGCCAUGAAGUGGAAAGAGUUUGAUGAGCUAUGCCAGGUUAAGGUUCCAUCCUUGAGAAUCCGAUCCAGACAUGACAAUAAAGAAAAGGUAGGGAUGAGGAGGAGGGCUAUUGCUAAUUGUCUUCAUCACAUAGGCGAGGUGAUUUACUUCAAUGAGCUGGGGUUUCUGAUCUUAGAUUGUGAGUGGUUCUGCGGUGAAGUACUUGGCCAACUAAUACGACUAGAUGCUAGAAAGCAAAGCACAACAGAGAAUGGAUUCAUCACCAGGAAAGAAUUGGAGAAGAUUCUUAGAGGAAGUCUACAAAGUCAGAUUCCUGGAAUGGGAUCAAAGGUUUUUGAGAACUUGGAGGCCAGUGACCUUGUAAGGAUGAUGCUGAAACUGGAACUUUGUUAUGAACAAGAUCCAUCAGACCCCAAUUCACUGCUACUGAUCCCCUCAAUCCUAGAAGAAGGCAGGGGAAGGCCACAGAGAUGGCAGUUGAUUGCACCCGAUUGUGUUUAUUCCGGGAGACAUCUUGAGUGUGAUGAUUCAAGCCACAUGUUCCUCACGCCAGGCUUCUUUCCCCGUUUACAGGUGCAUCUCCACAACAGAGUCAUGGGGUUGAAGAACCAACAUGGAGCAACCUACAGUCUUGAGAAGUACCUCAUCUUGAUAAAUAUUAAUGGUAUCUAUGUCAGAAUCGAACUUGGAGGGCAGUUGGGUCACUACAUUGAUAUCCUUGCGUGUUCCACCAAGAACCUCACAGAAACCUUAAGACUCUUCCAACAGCUCAUAAUCCCAGCAAUCCAAAGCCUCUGCCAUGGCGUUACGCUGCAUGAAAGUAUUAUCAGGCCGGAAUGUGUCAGAAAUCUAAUGCCCCCAAGAUACCGAAAAACCCAAUUUGUUCCUCUACAAGUAUUGAAACAAGCACUACUUUCGGUUCCUGCAGAGGGUAUGUAUGAUUAUCAGCACACUUGGGCUUCAGUUUCAGACUCUGGCAGACCUAUUCUGAGAGCCGGGUUUGAUUUUGCUCGAGACCUCCUAUCAGAUGAUGAUUUUCGGGAAGUGCUUCACCGGAGGUAUCAUGACCUGUACAACCUUGCAGUGGAACUGCAAGUCUCACCAGAGGCCAACACAGAUGGACUAGAUAAUCCUGCAUCUGCCAUGGAAGAACAAGACAAAGUUGAACCAACAUUUGGUGGUAUUGCUAAGGGGGUGGAAGCAGUUCUGCAGAGACUGAAGAUCAUUGAACAGGAAAUCAGAGAUUUGAAGCAAGAGAUCCAAGGGCUGAGGUACUAUGAACAUAGACUCCUAAUUGAGCUCCACCGCAAAGUGAACUACCUGGUGAACUACAACGUCCAACUCGAGGAAAGGAAAGUGCCUAACAUGUUCUACUUUGUUAGAACAGAAAACUACUCAAGGAGAUUGGUCACCAACAUGAUUUCUGGAAUGACUGCACUUAGGCUGCACAUGUUAUGCGAAUUCAGGCGGGAAAUGCAUGUCGUUGAAGAUCAGAUGGGGUGUGAAAUGAUGCACAUAGACAACAUGACUGUGAAGAGCCUGGCUCCAUACAUGAAGAAGUUCAUGAAACUGGUGACAUUUGCUCUCAAGAUUGGAGCCCAUUUAGCAGCUGGUAUGGGAGAGAUGAUCCCAGAUUUGAGCAGAGAAGUUGCUCAUCUUGUUGAACCUUCACUCAUGUAUGGGGCAGCAGGGGCUGUUGCAGCUGGGGCUGUUGGGGCUGCAGCUGUUUCACGUGUAGCUGGUGGCAGCAGCAGAAACAGGGCCAGGUCCUUGGGUGGAGAAAGUACAAGGGACUUUCACCAAGAUCUAAGAGCAGCACAGCAAUGGGUUGUGGACUUCUUAAGGGACAGGAGGUGCUCAACUGGAAGAGAAAUUGCAGAGAAGUUCGGACUAUGGAGAGUGAGAUACAGAGACAACGGACAAAUUGCAUGGAUAUGUCGAAGGCAUAUGAACACAAGAUCACAUGAAAUAAUUGAGGUUCCCAUUUGAAAUACAUUUGCAUAAACUCUAGGAUAAAAAUAUGAACAUUGGUGAAUGUCCUGUGAACCUGUAUCAGCCAUUUCUUAAUAAAUUGGAGAAAUCUUUCUCUCGUCCAUAGAUCUUGUUGAGCAAAAUGCCUUAGUAGCUACAAACAUGCUGGAAGACGUGUGAAAGUUAUUGUGAACUGAGGAAGCUUAAGAAUCUGUUAAGAAGGUUGCUGAGGUGUGAAGAGAGCAACCAUAAAACAACUGAGUCAAUGAUAGAGUUUCAUGGAGCUGUUAUGAUGCUGUUGCUAUUUUAUAGGAAAUAGCUGUUAGUUCCAGCUAUUUUUGCUGCUUUUCUAUUGUUUUCUGUUGCAAACUUGUGUAUAAAUGUUGCAUUGAUCAUUCAAUAAGAGUAGACAUUUUCGUUGUC